GCUCCUGUCCCGCACCGAGGCGGGCAGAGCCCCACCCCGGCCGGGGCCGUCCCACCGCGGGCCGCGGCCUCCCGGGAGCGGGCGGCCCUGGAGAGGCGCUCGGGGAGGGCCAGGCCCGAGCCGGCUGCGAGCCCCGGGAGCCGGACGCGAUGCUUUCUUUACCUAUCGAAAGAAUGUGCUUCUGGCGAAGAGCCCGUCCACCCAGAUAGAAGGUGUCUUUGCUGCAACCACAGGAAGAUCAGUCCCAGAAGAGGAAGAAGCCCUUCUCCAGCAGUGGCUGGAGGAAGGAGCAGGGAGUUUGCCAGCCAGUGAGAGUGUUCCAGCAGUGAGGAAAGCAUCAGUUACACUCACUAGUGACUGGUUAGAAGGUUCAGAGCUAUUGAUGACCAGCCUCAGUGACCUGAAUACGUCUCCGGAAGUCACCCGGUGUGCUGACCAGCAGCACUCAGAGCUAAACGCCUUGGCUUCUUCCGAACUGCAAGAUCAUGCAGUGGCUGAACUGGCAAGAUUACCAGCAGAGGAAACAGUGACUGUAGCAGGCAGUGCCCCUUGGGCAGCUGUAGUGCCACAGACAGAUCACCAGGCAGCUGGCUGUGCUGGUAUCAACGUGGAAGUGCUGAAUGAUGACCCAGCUGUGCUGGCCUGGAGUUUAGCAUGCAAUGCAGACACAGUGCCACCAGUGCUCCCAGCCCAGCCCGUUCAGGAUACAGUGCCAUUUUAUCCUGUCCCAACAGAGGUGCCCUACCAUGAGAUCUUAUGGAGAGACUGGGAGGAUCUUUCUGUCCAGCCCUCUGUCUUAGAGCAGGUCUCAAAAAACACUCCUCUCUUUGAAUUUCGAGUCAUGUCAUACAACAUCCUUGCCCAGGACCUGGUGGAGCAGGGCCUUGAUCUCUACGUACACUGUCAUCCAGACAUCCUGAACUGGAACUACCGCCUUCCAAAUCUUUUGCAGGAGAUCCAGCAUUGGGAUCCUGAUAUUCUGUGUCUCCAGGAGGUGCAAGAGAACCAUUACUGGGAGCAACUGGAACCAACAUUCAAGGAGAUGGGCUUUGCAUGCUUCUAUAAAAGGAGAACUGGGACAAAGACAGAUGGAUGUGCGGUGUGCUAUAAGCACAGCAGGUUCCAGCUGAUCAGCCUUAGCCCCAUAGAAUACUUCCGGCCUGGCCUGGACGUCCUCAACCGGGAUAAUGUGGGCUUGGUGCUGCUGCUACAGCCUGUGCUCCCAGAGGGUCUAGGUCUGAAGGCAGUCAGUCCUUUGUGUGUGGCCAACACUCAUGUGUUGUUCAAUCCCCGUCGAGGUGAUGUCAAACUGGCCCAGGUGGCCUUGCUGCUAGCAGAGAUUGACAAAAUUGCAAGAACUACUGAAGGCAGCUACUAUCCUGUCAUCUUGUGUGGAGACCUGAACUCUGUACCUGAUUCUCCACUCUACAAAUUCAUCCGGAAUGGUGAACUUUCCUACCAUGGGAUGCCAGCCUGGAAGGUGUCUGGUCAGGAAGACUUUUCCCAACAAUUGUAUUCACGGAAACUGCUGGCCCCACUGUGGCCAAGUUCACUGGGUGUAACAGACAAGUGCCAGUAUGUCACCCUGUGCCAGCCAAAGAAACUUGGGAGACGUGAAUACAGCCGUGACUUCCUGCUCCAGUUCCGUUUUUGCGACAUUGCCUGUGAACGACCGCCGCAGCUGGUCCUCUUGGAAGGUGUGACAGAUGCUAAACCAGACCGCCCUGCACAUUGGCCCAAGCCUGCUGCCAUGGUGAAAGACCCUGAUCCCCAGCCAUUCAUCCCAAGGUGUUCAGGUGUUAUCCAGCAUGGCCUCAACCUGACCUCUGUCUACAGCCACUUCUUGCCACAGAGAGGACGCCCGGAGGUCACAACAAUGCCCAUGGGCCUUGGAGCCACCGUUGAUUACAUUUUCUACUCAGCAGAGCCUGUGGAGAACAAGGCGGGUCGCAGGCUGUAUAAAGAUGGAGCUCUGAAGCUGCUUGGCCGUCUUUCUCUUCUCUCUGAAGAUGUCCUCUUGAUGGCAAAUGGCUUACCAAAUCCUUUUUGUUCAUCUGAUCAUCUCUGCCUGCUGGCUAGCUUUGGCUUGGAGAUCUCCAGCCUCAGAGAGAGUUAGUGCUGGUUUCCUUUCCCUAAAGAAAAGCUGUUCUGAGUAUAGCAGUUGAGACUCUGGAUUGCACAACCUGCUUGCAAGAAAACCCUUUUCCUUGUCAUGCCCUAAAAGUCCUUUUCUCCCCUCACACCCUCACUAAAAGUAGGGAUGGGAGAGAUAGAGCUCUUUUUGGAUUGGUAUUUUCUGUGUCUCUGCAAACCUGAGCUGUGUCCCCAGUGGGCUGCCAGGUGUAUUCAGGCAUUAGCAUCUCUUAAAGGGAUCCUUGUUCCACUCCCUGGUUUAGCAGGUGUUUUUUGUGCUGCAGGAACCAACACAACUCCCAUGUGCAUUUGUCCCUGUGUGAAAUUUUCAAGUUCUGGAAAAGAGAGGGGCAAUGCUAUCUGCUUUUGGUUAGUAUAAUUGCUACCAAGCAGCAUGGGAUAUAUAUGCCAAUACUCUUUCACACCAAAACAAUAGGUCUCUUAAUUUCUCAGUAAUAGUUUAGUACUUUCAGGGCUAGUUGUUUUGUCGCAUUUUAGAUUGGAUCUGCUAACUGCUUAGAAAUGUCUUUUACUUAAUGAUCUGUAAGGGCUGACUUGCUGACAGAUGUGUUUGUGUGGUGUAACAGUUUCUACAAGAAACUGCUUGCUGUGACUAAUGGACCAGGGAAUGGGAUUGCCAGGAAUGGAACCAGUGGUUCUACAGAACUACCCACAGCAGCUCAAGAACUUCAGCAAAAGCCUAGAGGCCUUGGGGGAGGUUUCCUUCCUUUAUA